CCUGCGACUGGAACCCGCGGGCCCAACCUGAGCUCAGCACCCGGGGCCGCGCCGCGGCCCGACGCCCGGCGGGAGGUCCUCGCCCCGCCCCGGCCCUUGGGGAGGAGGGGGCGGGCGGGGAGGAGCCGCGCGCAUGUGCACAGCUGGCGCCCCCCGCCCCCCGCGCGCAGCUGGGACGUGGGCCGCAGCCGGCGGCGGUGGACACGCCGGGCCCUCGCGGUCGGUCGCAGAGUCCGAGCGUCCCGCGCGCCGUGGGCCAUGGCCGUGCGCGCCGCGCACCCCGCGCGCCCCUGCUUGCUGGCGCUCGUGCUGUGCUCGUGCUGGGGGGCAGUGGCCGCGGUCGCCCCCAAGCCGGGCAGCGGGUGUCCGAGCCGCUGCCUGUGCUUCCGCACCACGGUGCGCUGCAUGCAUCUGCUGCUGGAGGCCGUGCCCGCCGUGGCGCCGCAGACCUCCAUCCUGGAUCUUCGCUUUAACAGAAUCAGAGAGAUCCAGCCGGGGGCCUUCAGGGGGCUGAGAAACUUGAACACAUUGCUUCUCAACAAUAAUCAGAUCAAGAGUAUACCUGGUGGGUCAUUUGAAGACUUGGAGAAUCUAAAAUACCUCUAUCUGUACAAGAAUGAGAUCCAGUCAAUUGACAGGCAAGCGUUUAAGGGACUUGCCUCUCUAGAGCAACUAUACCUGCACUUUAAUCAGAUAGAAACUUUGGACCCAGAGUCAUUUCAACAUUUGCCGAAGCUGGAGAGGCUGUUUUUACAUAACAACCGAAUUACACAUUUGGUUCCGGGAACAUUUAAUCACUUGGAAUCUAUGAAAAGAUUGCGUCUGGACUCCAACGCGCUUCACUGCGACUGUGAGAUCCUGUGGCUGGCAGACUUGCUGAAGAGCUACGCCCGGUCGGGGAAUGCGCAGGCAGCGGCCACCUGUGAAUACCCCAGGCGCAUCCAGGGGCGGUCGGUGGCCGCCAUCACCCCGGAAGAGCUGGACUGUGAAAGGCCGCGGAUCACGUCGGAGCCUCAGGAUGCAGACGUCACCCUGGGCAACACCGUCUUCUUCACCUGCAGGGCUGAGGGCAACCCCAAGCCUGAGAUCAUCUGGCUCCGGAACAAUAACGAGCUGAGCAUGAAGACAGAUUCCCGCUUGAACUUGUUGGACGAUGGGACCCUGAUUAUCCAGAACACGCGGGAGACAGACCAGGGCAUCUACCAGUGCAUGGCGAAAAACGUGGCUGGAGAGGUAAAGACGCAGGAGGUGACCCUCAGGUACUUCGGGUCUCCAGCUCGCCCCGCUUUUGUAAUCCAACCCCAGAACACGGAGGUGCUAGUGGGGGAAAGUGUGACCCUGGAGUGCAGCGCCACGGGCCACCCCCCGCCGAGGAUCACCUGGACGAGAGGCGACCGGACCCCCGUGCCCGCUGACCCGCGGGUGAGCAUCACGCCGUCCGGCGGCCUCUACAUCCAGAACGUGGUGCAGGAAGACAGUGGCGAGUACACCUGCUUCGCCUCCAACACCGUGGACGGCAUCCACGCCACGGCUUUCAUCAUCGUCCAAGCGCUUCCUCAGUUCACCGUGACGCCCCAGGACAGAGCUGUCAUCGAGGGUCAGACAGUUGAGUUCCACUGCGAGGCGAAGGGCUACCCACAGCCAGUCAUCGCCUGGACGAAAGGAGGAAGCCAGCUGUCGGUGGACAGACGGCACCUGGUCCUGUCGUCAGGGACCCUUCGGAUCUCGGACGUCGCCCUGCACGACCAGGGCCAGUACGAGUGCCAGGCCGUCAACAUCAUCGGCUCCCAGAGGGUCACCGCGCACCUGACGGUCCAGCCCCGAGUCACCCCGGUGUUCACCAGCAUCCCCAGUGACACGACGGUGGAGGUGGGCAGCAGCGUGCAGCUGCCGUGCAGCUCUCAGGGGGAGCCUGAGCCCGCUAUCACCUGGAACAAGGACGGGGUUCAGGUGACAGAAAGCGGGAAAUUUCACAUUAGCCCCGAGGGAUUCCUGACCAUCCACGACGUGGGGCCUGUGGACGCCGGCCGCUACGAGUGCUCGGCCCGGAACACGAUCGGGCAGGCGGCGGUCAGCAUGGUGCUCAGCGUGCAUGUUCCCGAUGUCAGUAGGAACGGGGACCCAUUUGUAGCCACGUCCAUUGUUGAAGCAAUCGCGACGGUGGACAGAGCCAUAAACUCUACGCGGACGCACUUGUUUGACAGCCGACCCCGCUCUCCGAAUGACCUGCUGGCCUUGUUCCGGUACCCACGGGACCCCUACACAGUGGAGCAGGCCCGGGCCGGGGAGAUAUUCGAGCGGGCGCUGCAGCUGAUUCAGGAGCACGUGCAGCACGGCCUGAUGGUGGACCUGAACGGAACGAGUUACCACUACAACGACCUCGUGUCCCCGCAGUACCUGAGCCUGAUCGCCAGCCUGUCGGGCUGCACGGCCCACAGGCGUGUCAACAACUGCUCGGACAUGUGCUUCCACCACAAGUACCGGACGCAUGACGGCACCUGCAACAACCUGCAGCACCCGAUGUGGGGCGCCUCGCUGACCGCCUUCGAGCGCCUGCUCAAGGCCGUGUACGAGAACGGCUUCAACACGCCCCGUGGUAUCGACCCGGGCCGGCACUACCACGGGCACCCGCUGCCCAUGCCCCGCCUGGUGUCCACGGCCCUCAUCGGCACCGAGGCCGUCACCCCGGACGAGCAGUUCACCCACAUGCUCAUGCAGUGGGGCCAGUUCCUGGACCACGACCUGGACUCCACGGUGGUGGCCCUGAGCCAGGCCCGCUUCUCCGAUGGGCAGCACUGCAGCUCCACGUGCAGCAACGACCCGCCCUGCUUCUCGGUGGCCAUCCCCCCCGAUGACCCGCGGGCCCGCAGUGGGGCGCGCUGCAUGUUCUUCGUGCGCUCCAGCCCCGUGUGCGGCAGCGGCAUGACGUCGCUGCUCAUGAACUCCGUGUACCCCCGCGAGCAGAUCAACCAGCUCACCUCUUACAUCGACGCCUCCAACGUCUACGGCAGCUCCGAGCACGAGGCCCGCGCCAUCCGCGACCUGGCCAGCCAGCGGGGCCUGCUGCGCCAGGGCAUCGUGCAGCGCUCGGGCAAGCCGCUGCUGCCCUUCGCGGCCGGGCCGCCCACCGAGUGCAUGCGCGACGAGAACGAGAGCCCCAUCCCCUGCUUCCUGGCUGGCGACCACCGCGCCAACGAGCAGCUCGGCCUGACCAGCAUGCACACGCUGUGGUUCCGCGAGCACAACCGCGUGGCCGCCGAGCUGCUGGCGCUGAACCCGCACUGGGACGGCGACACCGUCUACCACGAGGCCCGCAAGGUGGUAGGGGCGCAGGUGCAGCACAUCACCUACCGGCACUGGCUGCCCAAGGUGCUGGGCGAGGCGGGCAUGAAGAUGCUGGGCGAGUACCGUGGCUACGAUCCGGGCGCCAACGCCGGCAUCUCCAACGCCUUCGCCACAGCCGCCUUCCGCUUCGGGCACACGCUGGUCAACCCGCUGCUGCAGCGGCUGGACGAGAACUUCCAGCCCGUGGCGCAUGGCCACGUGCCGCUGCACAAGGCCUUCUUCUCCCCGUUCCGCAUCGUGAACGAGGGCGGCAUCGACCCGCUGCUCCGCGGCCUGUUCGGGGUGCCGGGCAAGAUGCGCGUGCCGUCCCAGCUGCUCAACACGGAGCUCACCGAGCGGCUCUUCUCCAUGGCGCACACGGUAGCGCUGGACCUGGCCGCCAUCAACAUCCAGCGCGGCCGCGACCACGGCAUCCCGCCUUACCACGACUACCGCGUCUACUGCAACCUGUCGGCCGCCCACACCUUCGAGGACCUGAAGAACGAGAUCAGGAGCCCCGAGAUCCGGGAGAAGCUGCAACGGUUGUACGGCUCCCCGCUCAACAUCGACCUGUUUCCCGCCCUCAUGGUGGAGGACCUGGUCCCCGGCAGCCGUCUGGGGCCCACCUUGAUGUGUCUGCUGAGCACACAGUUCAAGCGCUUACGGGACGGUGACAGGUUGUGGUAUGAGAACCCGGGGGUCUUCACCCCCGCCCAGCUCACGCAGAUCAAGCAGACGUCGCUGGCCCGGAUCGUGUGCGACAAUUCAGACAACAUCACGCGUGUGCAGAGGGAUGUGUUCCGAGUGGCCGAGUUCCCCCACGGGUACAGCAGCUGCGACGAGAUCCCCCGGCCGGACCUCCGCGUGUGGCAAGACUGCUGUGAAGACUGCAGAACCCGGGGGCAGUUCAACGCAUUUUCCUACCACUUCCGAGGCAGGCGAUCCCUUGAAUUCAGCUACCAGGAGGACGAGCCAGCCACUGAUGCGGGGCCUGGGAAGAUGCCAAGCAGAGCCGGGACGCCCGGGACGAGGCUCAGUAACGCCUCGGCCACCGCAUUUGAGCGCCCACCAGUAGCAGGGACCAGCGACUUCCGGGAGUUUGUCCUGGAGAUGCAGAAGACCAUCAGGGACCUCAGGAAGCAGAUAAAGAAACUCGAGUCUCGGCUCAGCACCGAGUGCGUGGAUGCGGACGGCAGCCCUCGCGCGGACGGUGCCGCGUGGAAACGGGAUCCCUGCACUGUCUGUGGAUGCCGCGACGGGCAGGUCACCUGCUUCGUGGAGACUUGCCAGCCAGCCGAUUGUUCAGCACCCGUGAGGGUCGGCGGGGCCUGCUGUCCUGUCUGCCCAGGAGACUCCAUGGGGAAGAAGCCCUGAGUGCCUCUGAGCCCUGAGCUUCCCCCUCGUCCCCUGGAGAGCGAGGCCGGAACGGGCAGUGCAGGGGACAGGGGACAGCGAGGCUGGGACGUCUUGGGGCCACGGCACGGAGCCGUGUCGGAACUCGCCCAGCGGGCUCGGGCCGGAGUGUUCGCCAACAGACCACGGUGCAGACACGUGUCCUAACUUCAUGUUAGAUUUCUCAGGUUUUUAUUUAAUUUUUUCUAAAUGAAAAAUUGGUGCUACUAUUAAAUUGCACAAUUAAAUCAUUUAGGCUCCUAAAUUGAUUUCACCUAAUAUCACCGUUUCUUCUCAACUGAAAGUUAGUCCCGCUUGGUUCUGGCACCAGGAGCUUGCAGAGUGGAGCCGCCAGAGGAGGGACACGGGAUUUGCAAGAAAAUCACUCUGGCACACGGAGCAGUGUCUGCGGAGCGUGUUGGGUGACUGGUCUGGGCAGUGAGCGCAUCCCCCAGCCCCGGCCCUCGGCAGCUCCCAGGGCAUCGCCUGGACCCACAGGGCGGUGACCCCGCCGCCUGUAGCAGCAGCACGUCCUGCGGCUCCCGACUCCUUCGCCCGGGAUUGGAAAGUUUUUCAGCCGCGUUUAGAACAGGUCCGCGUUCACCUGUAACUUGCACGCACGCUGGCUGGUGUGGACCAGACGUGAAAACCCUCCGCUCCACACCACGGUACCUACUGACCUGCGCGGCCAGCAUUAUCCACGGCCAGCGCGCGCUCUGUCCCACCAGAGCCCACGGGAGGGCCACAGUGCUCUAGAUUCUUCCUCCAACGGGAGGAGUUCGAAUGUUGGGAACUUUCUAACUUCAGGUUGUGUGAGUGCAUUGAAGAAAAACAACCAAUCCCUAUACCUCAUUUCUAUUUUCACAACGUGUGAUGUUUUAUGAAAUUUCGCCCAUGUUUUAGUUUUAGAUACAUCAGAAAAAUCAUUUCCACUCUGCAAAAGUUCUCGUAGGAUUCAGUGAAAAGCAACUUCCAUACCUCAUGGUCUCUGUCUUUUUAACUGACCAAAAGCCUCCUGUCUUGUUCCAAAUACAAAGUGGUGUGUGUUCUGAGAAACGUGUCCCUGGACAUCCUGCUCAGUUCCGCAGACCUGAGUGUCCACAGCGAACCGGGUCCUGUGCUGGGCACGGAUACAGCGCCCACCUGCCCUUCCCACGGGAGACCCUCGAGGACCCCGGCCAUCUCGGUCCGAGGGGCCGAAGCCUGUGGCCCCUGUGGAGCUCAUCACAGGGGGCGGGGGAGGGAGGGCAGGGCUCCCGCCAGCAUCCAGCAGGUAGCGGGCAGUUUGAAAGCCUGGUUUCAGCCCAGCACAGGCCUCCUUCCCGGCCACAGGGGACCCCAGUGCCUGCCCUGCUAACAUUCCAGCCCGAGGACUUGACAGCAGCUUAAACACGGUCGGCUUGAAGUCUGUCCUCACACAUCACUAAGUGAUCAGUAAAAACUCCAGUGUUUCACGGGCACGGGACUUCUUUUGAAAUAAUAACUCACACUGAAUAAAUAACCAAAUCUUGGAACCAAUCUCUGUAAGCAGAAAACAGAUAACUUUGUCUGAAAGUUGAUGGUUAUGUAAGUUGCUCAGGGAUAAAAUCCCGCCUUCUGGAGUGUUUUGGUGUCUGAAGGUGCCCGGGAGGUUUAUCUGUGGUUUCAUGCAGAGGGUGGGUUUAGACAGGCAGCCCAGGAUGGCGUUGUCUAGCCCGACAGGAGGCUGACUGAUUCACAGAGAAGUUCUGCGGUUGCGGUUGCAACGUCUGCAGAAUCGGCCGUUUAAUGAGGUGGUGGGAGGGGCCUGGACAUGCCUCCAGCCCCGUGGGGAGCGGCGUGUACAUAUUCCCUGACUUUUCUAACCCUUUGCCAGGAGCAAGUGCCUUUCUUCUGUUCAUUGUAAUCAGUCCGUCACCAAAGAGACGUUUGCACUAUGUAACGAUGCCUUUCAGUUCCAAUAAAUGGGCCACAUUUUCAAACGGAGAA